AUGGCGCCCACACCUUGGACAGUCGCAGGGCUGGAGUCACAACAGGCUUAUGCUUUCGCUCAUUCCCAGCUCUUGCCGAAUCUGUUCUUGGAGACUGUUGGGAUCGGGCUGUUCAGUGGAGCCCUGCUUCUAUCGACAUAUCAAACUUUACGACCGGGCUUACUCCCGCAAACUGUACAUGCGCGGGAUCGGAUCGCCCGUCUGACGGCUUUCCUGGUGCUUUGGAUUCUCUUCGUGAUCCAUUGGACAUAUUCCCUGAAGAGCACCCGCGCGCUGUUAUUUGGAGAAUGGUUGCAGUCCCAAUCAGUGAGUAUCACAGAGUGGGACGGAUUAGUCUUGUUUGAUAACCUCGAGCCCAUCGUCCUGGAAUGCUUUUUAUUCGGGAUCUUUUGCACACAAACUGCAGUCGCCAUAUAUAUCUUCGUCCGGAGGAAUCUGCGCAUGCGGUCACACCAGAUCCUGCUUGCUACGACCCUGUCGAUGUUCGCGGUAUCACUCAUCCACCUCACCAUCCAGAUGCUCCAAGUCUUCGAAGCGUACAAUAGCGCAGAGGCUCUGUUCGAGAUCCCCAGAUUCGGCGUCGGUUUGAAGUACGCGCCGGUCAUGUUGGUUACGAUCAACGUCGUACUCGGCGACGCCAUUGUUCUUUGGCGGAUGUGUGUCUUAUGGCAGCAGAAUGCCUUUACUCGUAUUUUGGCUCUCGUCCUUCUUGCUGGCACCUUCAUCACUAGUGUCGCGAACUUGGCUCAAGAGUUCGCCAGACCCGAGGUUUCACACGAUGUCCUGGAGUACGACGUUGCUAGCCUCAGCGAUUUCACCUAUGGGACGGCAGUCUUGGCAUUGAGCUUGUUGACCAACUUGGUUGCAACUCUCGUUAUUGGUUGGAGAGCAUGGCUUUACCGCAAAAGCAUCGUACAGCACUUGGCGACCUUUAACCGCUAUAGCAUAGUGGAGAAGGUCAUGUCGCUUCUCAUAGAGAGCGGUACAAUCUACUGCAUCAUCUGGACAUUGUACAUCGUCGACAGCAGGAGCUCCGUCUUCGACCCAUCCAGAGCCUUGCAAGCCGCACAGCUCGCCAGCAGGUUCUAUACAGGCGGCGCUGCAUAUUUCAGUCGAAUCAUGCCGCAAGUCACGGGCAUGUAUCCGGCCAUGAUCCUCGUCAUCGUGGCGCUCGAGCAAAGCUACUUCGAAAACGCGUUCUCCGAAUCGAAGUUGUCCUCAUUCGUCGCCGGCCGUCCGCGAUCCGCUCGGCAUACUACCAGAAGUGCGGCGUCUAAUACGGAGGACAUCCGUUCCUUCGCGCGGAUGGCAUUGGCGCCCGUGGCCAUUCCCGCCAUCACUAUCACGGACUUUUCGAGCGUGGAGGCGGGUCGACCUCAGCUUGUGCUCUCCGUUGGGAAAGCUCCCAUCCAGUCAACGAAACGCGCGACCACGGCGGAGGCGGGCGAGCUCGAGUCCGUCCACUCUACCCGCAGCGAGUCCAUGCGGGAGCGGUACUCCAUGUAUCCAGCCUCUGUUCGCCACUGCAUGACAAUGCCCGCUUCCAUCCCCCAUCAACCUCGGCCUGUUCGCAUCUCUGCCGCCAUGUCCGUCACAUCGUCCGGUCCGAUUAUAUCGCCUCUGAGCAGGCAAUUCAGAGUUCAGGCAUCCAAGGAAGGUGAUAUCCCUGGUCGCUGCUAA